AUUGUUUGAUAAAUGUGAAAGUUACCAUGAAUUUCUACAGUAAAAGUUCUGUGAAAUAAUAGAUAUUGUUAGAUACUGCCGAAUAUCUUUCACAUACAGUUAAAAUGAAUUUGCAAUCUAUUUUUCAAGAUUUUAAUCCUAGCAAAUUCAUAGUUCAUUCAAGUCUUUUAACUUUCGUUGUAUUAUUCGCAUUACGUUUGGAUGACUGGAUAGAUUGGUCUUACUGGGCUAUAUUUUCGCCACUAUGGAUUUGGAAAGGUUUUGCAAUAAGCGGAGCUUUAGUUGGUGGCUAUGUCUGGUGGAGAUACCCACAUUACAGGUUGGAAGGUGAUUCCUACGCACAUUUUAAAGCAAUGCUUAUAUCAUUAGCAUUGCAUUUGAUUCUUUUGAUGUUUGAAUUGUUGGCAUGUGAUAGACUGCAUUCUGGACGACAUUUAUGGGUUUUAGUUUUUAUCCCACUAAUUUUUGUUAGUGUAGUAAGUGUGGCUGCUUGUGUUUGGGCUGUUAAACAUGAUAGAUCAUUCGAGUUGGAGCUAUUCUGUUCAGUUAACGCUCUACAAUUUGUUUUCCUACCUCUAAAACUAGAUGGAUUUGUAAGUUGGAGCUGGGAAGUUGUUUUUGUUCCUUUGUGGAUAGUACUAUGCUUAAGUCUUGUAGGUGUACUAUAUAGCAUAAUUUUUUGUGGAAUAUUAUUAAGAACUCCUGAGAUAUCCUCUCAACAAUCUCGAUCGGCUAUGUUUACUGCUAUAGGACAUUGUUUUACUGUUUUACCUAUAUUGGUUUUUCAAGUAUUAUUAGCUGACAAACUUGAUGGUGGUCUAAAAUGGCCUUUCUGUGUUGUAAUCACGCCUUUAAUUUUGGCAUUAAUCACAUUAAUUCUUCUUUCAUUUGGUUCAAAAGGAGGAAACAAAUGGUGGUUUGGAAUAAGGAAGGACUUCUGCCAGUUUCUAUUGAGCACAUGUCCUAUAUUACAGGAAUAUGCAAAUAUUGCUUACCAUAGCGACAAUAGAUCGGACAGAGAAGAUGGGAGCAAAAAUGAAAGGAAAAUGGAUAAACGUUUAAAAAAGAGUGAAAUUAUGAAACCAGUUGUACCUAUUGUUAGUAUAGAAAUGCCAGAUUGAUGUAGAAUUAUAUCAUUUUUACUUUUCUUGACAAAAUAAGAUACAAUGCUGAUCUUCAUAGGAUGUUUUUGUUUCUUUAGGAAAAUAUUUAAAUUCCGGCUAAAUGAAGAAGCAUUAUUUUUUGUACAAAAGCAUUGUUAUAUUUUUUAUUUCCUGAGUAGGACCUUUAUGAUGAUUACUAUUAUGUAUUUAAUGAUAUAAGCAUAUGUUAUCAACUGUAAGUUUGAGAUUGUAAAUAAUUGUGUAUAAAUCUUUAGGAAAUAAUGUUAAAUAGUAAUAAGAAACAAAUACUA